CCAUAAUACUCCAGCCCAUAAUAUUCGGUGAUUGCAUUAAAGAGAUGGAAUUAAUAUGUGAUGCCUUUGUGCUGCAAUAUAAAUCGCCCAAAGAUGGACUUGACAGGAAAUGAAGCUCUGAAAAUUUAUACUUCUAGUAGGGUGACUGACACCUCCACCAGCAUUGAUCAUUCACUGAGCAAUACACAGACAACACAAGCAGUGUCUAUUUUGUCUGAGCCAGGGAUGGUUUAUCAGCCCCAGGGACCCAGGGUAGUUCAUGUCCAGCGUUCAGACACAUCUGUAAUGCCACCAAGUACUUACAUAUAUCUUUCCAAUAAAGACAAAUUUGAAUCCACUCCAAAGAUCGAUGCCAUUCCGCCAGGAACUGGAAAUACACUGAGUGAUUUAAUGAUGGCUGAUGGGCAGGAAACACUGUCUAAUUAUAGUAAUAAUGUUAACAGACCAACACCUGUCAUGUUAUUCUUAAAUCAAGAUCAGAAUACUAACACCUCAAUGGAGACAAACUUGGUGCUGCAUCAUCCACUGAUAUCAGACAUGUAUCAUAUUCAAAACAACCUUUCAAGCAUUUAUGCUAUAGCUCAGGCGAAUCUUGUAGCUCAAACACAGCAGGACAUUGCCAAACAGUUGAUAGGGCAGAAUGAAGGUCACAACCAGGUGAAUGUAGGACAGAUAGAAAACCUGCCACAGCAGCCAUCAACAACACACACAUCUGUUCAGGGGAACAACAAUGCCCCCAACAACAAAGUGUUGAUCCAUACCUCUCAAAAGGAAAAGGAGGGGAAAUGUCCCGGAGACAAAGAAGAUAAAGAAGAAAAGAUGUUUGUGUGUAAGUUAGAAAAAUGUGGUCGCAACUUUUCAUCUGUUGGUCAUCUGAGGAACCAUCAGACAAACCACAGUCGAGAUAAUUCACUGACAUGUACGCAUGAAGGAUGUGGUCGUACAUUUACCUGGCCAGCCCACCUAAAAUACCAUAAACUCACCCACAUGUCUGCAAGAAACUUUUCCUGCAAUAUGUGUGAUAAAAAGUUCUACACUGCUCAGAGACUGAAGGUUCAUACAAGGGUCCACACUGGAGAGAAACCAUUCCCCUGUGAUGAAUGUGAUAAAGAAUUCUCAACAUCAGGCAAUCUCAAGAAUCACAAGAGGAUUCAUUCUGGUGAGCGGCCAUAUGUUUGUUCCCAUGAAAAAUGUGAGAAGAGAUUUGCAGAGUAUUCAAGUCUACGUAAACACGUGUUGACACACACUGGUGAGAAACCUUUCAAGUGUGAAAAGUGUGGUCGAUGUUUCACCCAGAGUGGCAGUCUGACAGUACACAUGAAGAAGCACCUGUUGGCAGAGGAGGAAGAGGACAGAGUCAAGAAUGUUAUUGUUGUUCACAAUGGCCAGGAUGAUCUAUUACAGUAUCAAGAACUGCAACUUGUGUUUUCCCAAGGAGUGAGUGACCACAUAGUAACUGUGACAACACAAACAGCAGACCAUGAUGAAAAGUUUCCACCGAUAGCUAAUGAAAUGCUACUUAGUGAAGAUGUGUUCCAGUCUGGUGAUGCUGCAGCCAAUGUAGGGACCAUGACAGAUGAGAACAUGAUGGCACAUGGGUCUGCUAAUGUAGUAGUUGUAGCACAGCCUCAAAUGAUGGUGUCCAUGACAACCGACUUUCAUGAUCCACAUGGCCGUGAGGAAAUUGUGUAUGACAGCGAAUUUUUACACUCAGAUCUUGUGAAUGAGGGAAUAUCCCACAACAUCACGGAAACAACUUCUAGUGGUAAAAUGGAAAUAUCAACUCAAGUGACUCCAUCGUCAAUCAGUAGUACAGCAGUAGAUCAACAUGUUACUUAAUUAGAAAAUGAGGCAGACUUUGUAGAAGACAAGGAAACAGUUUGUCAUGAAAUUAUGAAAUUGGAAGCGAGAACUAGUCAACAAGGAGAUGAUGGGAAUUAGAAAACUGUAAAAAACUCUUUUCAUGAUUCCAUUUCAUUUCUGUGAAACUGAAGGAAAAAAGAAGACAUGUUUAUAUACAUUUUCAAGGCUGUGUGUCAUAUACUAUCUGUUGUGAAAAGAGUAAACAAUAUGCAUGAUUUGAACUGUUUAUAGCUGGCAAUAUACUUUGGUCUUGAGAGUGAUGUUAUUUUUCUCUAGUUUGAAGUACAUAAACAUUUUGAUAUCAAAUUUUUUUUUCAUAAUCGGGGCUGGUAUUAAUUCCUUGAAAUGUGAAUUUCAUUGUUCAUUUAGAAUAUAGGCAGUACUUGCAGUAUUCUGUUUACCGGUAUAUGAAAUUUAGUAUGAAAUACAUCACUUCAUAUUUAUCUGUUGUUUUGCUACCAGAUAUGAACCUCUGAUUGUUGACUUUUGAAAUUAAAAAGCAGACUAUGAACAUUUA